AUGGAAAUCCUUGGAAGCUCCCUCGACCUGGACCCGAUGUUCUUUGCAUCAUAUAUCCGCCAGGCAUGGCACAACUUGAGAGCGCAGGAUCCUCAAGCCUGCACGUUACCAUCACGGGAGCGCUCUCUCAACUUUCUGCCUCUGUACUACCACCGCACUGUGGUGACUCAUGGUCUCGACUUGGACAUGGCGCAGCUAGUGCGCACCUGCAAUCACCAGCGGAAGCUUUUUGUCCUAUCUCCCAUCAAAGAGAAGCGCGUAGGGUUAGCACAGCACGCGUGCGUGGUCACGGUGACAGUGAGGGCGGAUGGGAAGUUCUUGGGUAUCAUGCUCGUGGAUCCGCCCUUCCAGGAUUGGACCGACUAUGCACCGAUGCGCUCACACUUGCACUCACGGCUACCCAAGGACUUCAGCAUGACCCCAUUUUUGGGUGGUUGCGAGGACUUUCGGGACAAGACCACACCACAUGACUCCGGAGUUACUCUCCAGCUGAACAACAAUAGCACCAAUAAAAAUUACAAGGCACAGAGUGAUCGCCGAGGUAUGCUUGACGAGCUCGUCUACUAUUGGAUGUCUGCCUCUACACCAGCCCUAGCCAUGUUAGAGGCAUCUGCGCCGCCUUCGUUGCAGGCACUCGCAUACUUGCCACUCCGAAUCGUGGCAGCUGAGUGGGUGAACUACAUCACGCUCAUAGACUUUAGCCUCAAAGAAUACGAAUGGCGUGGUAGUGACGGUCGUGUUUCAUCGACACGUCUUGUCGCAGGGCCGAUGGACUGGACAGAUAAGCUCGAUGCCCUGGAUGCACGGCUCCGUGCCCUACAGACGUGGCGCCGGCGUGUAAUGGCCUCUACGCGCAAGAUGCGACAGGUCGCCCGACACGCCGCCGGUGCUGCCUGGGCAGCACUCAAAGAAGACUACGCGGCCCUGGCGACGGAAAUCACAGAUCACGCAAACCGUCUCGAGAGCAUCAUACCCGUGGUGACGACGGGGAUGACUCUGCUGGAGAAUCGCCGCGCCUUGGCCGAAGCGGCCAACGUCGGCCGCCUAACUGCACUCGCUUUCUUCUUCCUCCCGCUGACCUUUGUUGCUGGCCUAUUUAGCAUCGAUGGCUCUUAUGGUCCUAGUGGUUCGCAGUUCUGGGUUUACUGGGCAGUUGCAAUUCCUCUGGUGGCAUUGGCUAUGCUCCUGGCUCGC